AUGCUGAGCGCGCUUGGCUUGUGGGAGGAGACUGCAGACGCCACAUCGCCCACGGACCGCGCUCAUGUUGAGGACGACUCCCUGCGCGCGCACCAGAAGGGCGAGCCUGGAGGCCCUGAGCCCGCAGGCCCAGCCGCCGAUGGCUGGAGCGUUAUCUGCGACGCCUUCAGCGACGUCUCGGCGAGCCUCAGCGAGGUGUUUGUGACAAGAGAAGCAGCCGGGGACGACUAUGAGAGAUAUGAUCGCCGUGCGGCUAGAUCCAUGCCCCCCAGGGCUUGCCGCGACAGCACGCCUCUCUCUGGCGACAGCGAGCACUGGAGGAGGGCCCGGUCGCAGGAGCUGAGCAGGGCGCAGUUGGAGGGCCCCAGCGUGGCGGGCGGACAGAUCCGCAAGAUGCUCAGCGCGCGCUCCAUCACCCCGACACCCAUGGGCCGCAGGGCCACCAGCAGGGAGGCGGAGCACGAGGAGGUGGGCCCCGUCCAGCGCGCGCCGCAGUUCACGAAGAUGCCCAGCGGGCGGCCGGGGCGGUCCGUCACCCCGCCGCCCAUGGGCCGCAGGGCCACCGGCAGGGGCCCUCCUCGGGAGGCGAAGGACGAGGACGAGGACGAGGCGGGCGACGACACUCUGGGGCCCAUGGGCCCGGCCAGCUCCUCGGGCGACGGCAAGCGGUCGGGAAGAGCCCCGGCGCCGGAGGCAGGCAGGGCGCCGCAGGAGGGCCCCAGCGUGCCCGGAAGGCGGCUCCGCACCAUUCUCAACGGCGGUCCGCCGCAGCGCUCCGCCCAGGAGGCCGCCCCGGCCCCCGUGGGCCGCAGGGACACCGGCAGGGGCCCUCCCGUCUUCGAGGCCGCAGCCACCCCCGCGGCUUUGCUGGGCGCGGGGCUCGUGGUGGACCAGGAGCCCCUGCUGGGCGCGGGCCUGCUGCCCGUGCGCACGAGGCGGGAGUCGCGGGAGUCGCAGGAGGAGAAGAGCGUGCAGUUCAGGGAGACCAACUCUUGCUUCUCUGGCGGGGGCACGAGAUACAUCGAGGGGCGGGAGAGCGGUUCCGACAUCUCUGGCUCGGAGAAGGCCGGCAGCGUCUUCCAGAAGAUAUACGAGGUGUCCAGGCUGCUCUCGCAGAGCGCGGACUGCCUGAAGUGGAACGCCGCCCUGUCACUCUAUGCCCUCGGCGUGGACCUCUCCGCCGUGUGCCACGACGGGUUCGAGGCCGGGCUGGCGAGGUGGCGCAAGCGCAAGGAGCAGGCUAAACUGCUGGUCACGACGGACCUGCUGAAGCGCGCUGGCCGCGCGCACAGUCAGGCCCUCCUGGAGCGCCGGGCGCUGCAGGGGCGAGACGUCGCCGCCGCGUCGUGA